AUGUCUUUAAUAUGGCUCCCCCGCCCUUCCCCACUAUUCGUAGCUCGCACCUUUAGUCGUUCUCAAUUCGUUAUACGCCCAGCUUCAAUACCUCUCCUUUCGACCAAACCCUCUACAUUAGUCCUUAGGUUAACCCCCGCGCCUCGUUUACAAAGCACCCAGCCGUCAAAGCAAGAACCCUCUUCUUCCACCACCGUAGCUGUCAACCCGGAAAUAUCUUCAGAACUAAAGCCGUCCCCUCCGUCUACUUCAGAACCGGUAAAAGGCCCAUUACUCUCAAGAGCAUGGAAAAAGGUCAAGCAUGAAGCAGCUCACUAUUGGCAUGGCACAAAGUUGCUGUUCUCCGAAGUUCGAAUUUCAGCGAGGUUGCAAUGGAAGAUUUUACACGGAGAACAGUUGACGCGACGCGAGCGUCGUCAGCUCAAACGUACCACCCAGGAUCUUUUGAGACUCGUGCCUUUUGCAGUGUUCGUGAUCGUGCCAUUCAUGGAAAUCCUUCUGCCCGUCGCUUUGAAACUGUUCCCGAACAUGUUACCGUCCACUUUCGAAGACAAGUUUGCAGCGGAAGAAAAACAACGCAAGCUUCUACGGUCCAGACUAGAAAUGGCGAAAUUUCUUCAAGAGACGUUGCGAGAAUCUCCACUCAAGGCCAAUGCUCAUAUUGUGGGUAGUGACGCGUUCAAAGAAUUCUUCCGGAAGGUACGCUCCACGGGAGAAUCCCCGUCUGCAACCGAUGUAAUCAACGUAGCCAGGCUAUUCGACGAUGAUCUCACACUCGAUAAUCUGUCGCGUCCUCAACUGGUUUCGAUGUGUCGAUACAUGGACCUCAACGCGUUCGGAACGGACAACUUCCUUCGUGGCGCGAUUCGCUCUAGGCUACUCAACCUUCGACGAGAUGACCAAGCAAUUGAUGUUGAAGGUGUCGAUUCAUUAUCCACUUCCGAGUUGCAAGCCGCUUGUCAGUCUCGAGGUAUUCGAACAACAGGUGUCUCUCCUGCCAAGCUCAGGGAUGAAUUAACCAUGUGGAUCAACCUUCAUCUUCACAACCGUGUCUCUGGAGUCCUGCUCGUCCUUGGACGAGCAUUCCAAUUCGAUAGAAAGCCAGGUCAAACUGACGAAGACGGAAAGCCGAACGUGAUAAAGAGUUUGGAAAGUGUACUCAGUGGUCUACCUGAUAUUCUGCUCAACGAAGCCGAAUUGGAGGUUGAUUCUGAGAAGGCUAGCUACAAGCAAAAACUAGAAGUUUUGCAGCAACAGGAAGAGCUCAUCGAGGACGAAGAGGAGCAAGAGCAGAAGGAGGAAGAUGCCCGUCGUGCAAAACGCGAAGCGGACGAACUGGAAGCACGCACUGCUCAGUCGCUUUUACCUGAUUCCGAGCUUCUACCAGACCUUGAGGACAAGGCUCGCAUGACGACUGAACAAUUGAAGGAGUUGAGUGAAGCUCUCGUCAUCCUUUCUGCGAAAUCCAGUUGUCUCAAAGAGAGAGAUGAGUUGAGAGCUCUCAUGGAGGAAAAUCUUCAAGCGGAAGAGGAUCCGAAGUCUCCCUCUGGCGCUUUGACGAAACGUAUCCGAUCAAUGUUGACGAAGAUUGAUACCCAGCUACAGGAAUAUGAUGACCGUGUCGGUAGCUCCCUGCAAAUGAUUUCAACUGAUGCCCAAGGACGAAUAUCUGUGGAGAAUCUACAGAAAGCUUUAGCUGUCAUCAAACAUCGACCAGAUGAUGAAGUUGGGCAAGCUGUCAUCCAGAAGUUGGACGUUGACAAUGACGGUUUUGUUGAACUGGAACACGUCUUGGGAUUAGUGAAAGAAGAGGGGUUGGGCGUGGUUCUCGACGACUCUGCGCGGUCCAUCAUUGGCCUUGGAAGGGAGAUCAAAAAUUUGGGACCUAGGAAGGAGGAUAUUGUGCAGGAGGCGUAA